AUGAUCAACGUCACACUUUUGCAUUUGUCAUUAGUAAAGUUUGACCGAUCACCUAUAUUUUCAUCAAUUGUCAACCUCAAAGUCCAACAUUCCUCAUUUUCACGUUUUUUCAGUCCUAUUUUUUAUUCAAUUCGUCCCCUGAGAGUUGAAAAGUCCUCAUUCCGCAAUUCUUUGUCUCCAGUUUACUUAUCUAACGAUGAUACGAGAAAAUAUUAUACAGGAACACAAGAACAAGCUGUUGAAGUAAAUUCAGAUGCAACCGAAGUUAUAUUUGAUAAUUGCAUUUUCCAAGGUGCUAACACCUAUGUCAUAAGUAAUAACAAUAACGCAGUCUUAAGAGUCAUGUGUUCAACGUUUAAUAGUCUUUCAGCAACAUCUACUCAAAUGAAUGCUCUCAUAUAUUCAGCACAAGCAAUAAUUUAUCAUUGUUACAUCAAGAAUACAGUCGAAAUUCCUAUAAUCAGUUCUUAUUCUAUUCAACUUGUUUCAAAUAAUAUUGCCUCAUCAAAAGGAUCGUUAACCAGUCCUAAUUCUAAUUAUUUCAAAAUCAAUAUCAUGUACAAUAAUAUUACUUCUUCCCAGAUUUCUUUGAUUUCUACAACUGAUUCUUCGUUUGCAAGUGAAACCGGAAUUUCUUUUUCAUACAAUACAUUACAGGGUGGAUCGCAAACUCAAUUUUGUACUCUUGAUCCCAAAUUUUCUUUUUCUUAUUCUAAUUUUGUCCAAAAUUCGAUGUCAAUUUUUGAAUUAAAGCAGAAUUCAGUCAUUUCAAACUGUGUGUUUAUAGGCAAUAACGGAAAAAUUGCAACUUCUGCUGAAUCUCCUUUCGGAUAUCAAUAUACCUUAAAAUUAGUCAAUUGUUUAACGGAUAAGUCCAUUUCUGACUGUGGUGCUGUAACAGGUGACUCAUCACAGUUCGAACAGAGCUCAAUAAGCAGAAUUUUGUUUAAUUAUGCCGAUGAAGAUCCGAAAUGUCCAACAUUACCUCCAACUCCUGGUCCAUCUCCAGUUCCUACAGUAUCUCAAUCCCCAACGCGGUCCCCUCUACCUUCAACUCCCCCUCAAACAGAUAAUUUACCAGAACGUACUCCCUACCCCGAAAGAACACCUGAAGAAACACCUGCUCAAUCUCCUUAUCCUUCACAGUCUCCUCCGCCAACGAAUUCUCCAAAAGCAACAGUUAAUUCGAUCGGAAUUAUUAUUGUUGUUGUUCCUGUACUGUUAUUCAUCAUCAUUAUACCUAUACUUGUAUUGGUCAUCAUCAGACUUGUCAGAGAAAUGAGCAGCAACGAAGCGGCCAAAAAGAACGAUUAUCAGAGGUUCUUCUCUGACGAAGGAAGCUCCAGCAGUGACAGACCAGAUCCACUCGAGUUGAGAAUGUCCAGCAGUGGAAAUGACGGAGAUGACGACGUAUUUGCGAUGUCUCUUGAAGAAAGAGGGAAAUACAUGCCAAAGAAGACAAGUUCUCAGACAAAAGAUGAAAUUAUAUAUGAUUUCAUGAAUGCUUAG